CAAAAAAAUAGAACAUCCAAGAAGCCAUCUUCCUCUCUAGUUUCUACGGGUAAACACACAAAUCUGAAAUUUCAGCUCACUUUGCUCUCUUUUUCUCUCAAGGAAAGUGCUAGGAAGCUCUCUUGAGUCUUCCCUCAAGUCCACAGGUUCACACACCAAAAGAAAACUCAUUUCUUCAUAUUCUCUCAAAGGAACCAGAAAACUCUCUCAAGCUCUCUACCAUUCUUUCAGGAGUGGUUCUAUGUCUAUUUUUCCCCUUAAGAACCAUAAACUUGGUGUUACCAAUAUCCAAGUCUAAGCUCCUUCAACUGUAGGCUCUCGGUUCCUUUGCUUUCAGGUUAUGUCCUCUGGUGAUCUAAACUCGGCUAGUAGGGGUUAAUUACUGGCUUUCCAUGGAAAAAUGUUAUCUGUUUGGCCAUUUAAAGUAGAGGAAAUGGGGUUGCCCGUAACUCUAGGCCAUUUAAAGUAGAGGAAAUGGAGUUGCUUGUAACUCUAAUCUGAACAAGGCCUUCUCCCCAAUGUCUACGGACGGCGGGGAGGAAUAAAACCUUGAGGAGAUAUGCCAUCAGGCCUCUCAAAGAGGACAAUAUCAUGCACACGAGGUCACCCAAAUGUGAUGAGGCCUUCUCUGUACAGACUUAUCAGAUAUGGACUAACAAAUAUGUUAUGAAUAGCUAUGUUAUGUUAUUAAUCAUGAGAGAAUUAUUUUGUUAAAAUGCUGUGAAAAGUAAAAGCUCUCAUGGCAAGAAGAAGUUUCUAAUGAAAAGAAAAGCUGUUCAUCAAAGAUAAAAGUUUCUGAAGUUCUGUUAUGCUAUAAAGAUAAAGUUUCUGAUGAAAGUACAAGUUAUGUUUAAAAGUUAUCAGCUACCUGUUCUUUAUGAAAUGUUAAGUUUUAUGACUAUAAAAUUUAUAAUAUUUUUCAGGAAAAGGUUUAUAAAGAAAGGUUUUCUUAUUGAGUCAAGAUGUUUCUAGUUUAAUACAAAGUUGCCGAUUAUCUUAUUUAAGUUAAAAUGAUUAUUUUGUAAUGAGAAUAUACAUAUGGUGACUUUGUAGGAAAUGAAAAAAGUUUAAUUCAAAAGGUUUUGGUAAUAUUAAUCUGAUAAGAAAAAUGAGAACAAUUAUUUUCUAUGAAGAGCGUAUAGGUUAUUUUUAUGAAUAGUAUAAAAUACUAUGCAUGAAAAGAUGUUCUCCUAAUAUUCAUAGAAAGAAAUGAUCUGAUUUACAUGCAUUCUUAUUAAAUUUUCAUAUAUCUUACCUUUACUGAGUUGUGUAGCUCACCCCUUCCACUUUUUCAGUUAACAGGUUUUAUUUUGGAGCAGAGGGAGCCUUAGUCGAGUUUUGGAAGGAGCUAGUUUUAGUUUUAUAUGUAUAGAUCCUAAAUUUAGCAAUAUGAUGUUUAGAUUUGUAGCAUUGUGUAUUUUAGGAUCAAAUGAAAGUUGUGUACCUUAAAGUAUUAAGAGAUGUAUUAUAUAAAAGUAUAUAAAUUAAAUGACUAGUGGAUUAUGUUAUAUUUUGAGUACGGUGUAGAUGCUAUGACUAUUAAGUAAAAAAAUUAUAUCAAGAAGUAAAUAAACAAGUAUGAAAAGAAAAAGAGAAGCUUUUGGAAAAGUUUUGUAAAAGUUAAGUUGGUUCUUGUUAAUAUCAGGUUUAAGCUUGAUAUUAGCAUGCCAUUCAUGGUCAUAAAUCCGGGUAUCGGGUUUAGGGCGUGACAAUAGCCAUAUUGAUAAUUAGAUUAAAUAAUCUAGGUUUAAUGAUUUCGUUAAUUGGCACAACCGGAGUAUAAAUUACCUAACACAUUUAUACCUAAAAAAACUUAUUAGCAUCUUAAUUUGAUAAUAAAUUUAGUAAUAAUUAAGAAAUGUGUGUCAUAGGUUUUAAAUUCUAUUGUAUCUUAAUAGGAAAAAUAUUUAUAUAUAUAUUGAAAAGGAUCAUGGGUGUAAUUGUCAAUGACCUACUUCUUCUAUGUAUGUACUGGAAGUUGUUAUCUAUUGAAAAGGAUGAGGAAGAUGUAGCUAUAGAACUUCUUGCAGAGGAGGAACUGAAUUCUCAUCGUUUUUCACCAGCCACAAUGACACAUUUUACACCCUUGAAUUCUCAGGAAUGGAACUCUAGAUUGGAAGUUAUGGUUGUGCAAAGCUCUCCUGGCAUGAGUGUUCCCAUGGGACAUGUUGAGAACCUUAGGAGCCGAUCAAUUCCGAGCGAGAAUGAAAUCCAUGGGGUUCCUAGUGGUACAUUGGAGUCUGCAAGAAAUUCUAAUGCAUCAAAAGAGGCAGCAAAUGAUGUAUCUUCUCAGGUAAAGGAGGAAACAAUCCCUUCAAAGAGAGUUGCAUCAUUGGAUAGACUAAGGGAUGUACUUUCUGUACUGUCUUCAGAAGGAAAAGAUGAUUUGACCACGAGAUGGAAAAAAAUAUUGUGGAAAUCAUGUGUUUACCUUGUUACUACAGGAAUGUUGAUUGCUUUGCUUCUGGGUCUAAAUAUGUCAUGGAUUGCAAUUACUACUGCGUUUGCUCUUUUAGGUCUUGAUUUCAGGGAUGCUAGGACAAGCCUUGAAAAGUUAUAAUCUACAAGCACGUUGCUUUCUACCUUUAAAUUAUUUUUUCCCUAUCAAAAAAUUGUAAAUCAUAACUUGUUGGUGAUUAUGACCAUUGAUUGCUUGUUGGAGAGUUUACUAUAUGUCAAGUUUAUUUCUCUUCUU